ACUAGUUUACUUUGGAUGAGAAGCAAAUAUAAGGUAUUCCAUUUCAAUAUUCCUUGUGAAGGAUCUGUUGAUAGAAACUUAGCCACUUUUGACAUUUUCUUAGGUCUUCAGUUGGUGGUUUUACUUCUUUUCCUUGCACCUACCACCUCAGAGAUAUUUUCAAAACUGUACAACAGUUCUCCAGAACAGAUAAUACCUCUUGGAUUUCCCAUGCCAUUGUAUUCGUGGGACGAUCUCUACAAACAAUAUGUCAAAAUGAUAACAAAUAUUAUCAUCUUAAGUGUACUUAUUUGUAUUUCUUUAUCUUUUUGGAUUGUGUCCAUGACUGCAAGCACCUAUUAUGGUACUUUACGCCCUAUUUCUCCAUGUCGUUGGCUGUUUUCAAUUCUAAUUCCACUGAUGAUUGCUUCACGAGGAUUUAAGAAGAAAAGUCUAGAUCAUGGUGGAGCAAUAGGAGGUUUAUUAGUUGGAUUUAUUCUUACUGUUGCAAAUUACAGCUUUUUCACCGCCUUGCUUAUGUUUUUCAUUACAUCUUCCAAACUUACAAAAUGGAAAGGAGAAGUAAAAAAGAAAAUAGACUCUGAAUACAAAGAAGGUGGGCAGAGAAAUUGGGUGCAGGUUUUCUGCAAUGGUGGUGUACCUACAGAACUGGCUUUACUGUACAUGAUUGAAAAUGGACCAGGUGAAAUUCCAGUAGACUUUUCCAAACAGUAUACAGCAUCCUGGAUGUGCCUGUCGCUACUCGGUGCUUUGGCCUCCUGUGCUGGGGACACAUGGGCUUCAGAGAUUGGUACUGUCAUGAAUCAUGAACCCCGGUUAAUAACAACCUGGGAAAAAGUUCCAGUAGGUACCAAUGGCGGUGUCACUAUAGUGGGCCUAAUUGCAAGCCUGCUUGGGGGCACAUCAGUAGGAGUGGCUUACUUCAUUUCUCAGUUGAUCUUUGUGAAUGAUCUGGAUAUAUCUGCUCCACAAUGGCCAAUUAUUGUGUUUGGUGGAAUAGCUGGCUUAUUGGGAUCAGUGACUGAUUCUUACUUGGGAGCAACCAUGCAGUACAGUGGUUUAGACACUCGGACUGGAAUGGUUGUCAACCAUCAGACAAAAGACACAAAGCACAUAUCGGGAAAACCUAUUCUAGAUAACAAUGCAGUUAAUCUUUUUUCCUCUGUAGUCAUUGCUUUGUUGUUGCCUGGUCUGGCAUGGGGGUUCUGGCCAAGAGGGUGAAGUCUCAGGCACAUAUCCUCAAUAGACAAGCUAUGACUGAAGGAUUCCCUACAAGACACUUUAUAACUUUUGGCUGAAUAGUUUGUCUUGCAGCUUUUAUGAAGACCUGAGAAAUUUCUUGAUGACUUGGACUACCUACAGCAGCUGCCGUCAUUGCUGGUUGAGUAGACCAAAGAAACUGUAGUGUUUGACAUCUGGUCUGCUGUAACAGAAUACAGUUCUCACCCAAAUUAUGAGUCACUACUUUUGAACAUUUGAUCUCCACUCAUUCCUGACUGUCUACCAGAUAAAGGGAGUAGGAGGUGGGAAACCAGAAUUUAUCUUUUAACAGCUUAGUACUUUGUUCAUAAAGGCAGUGGAUCUCAGAAUUUUGUGUCUGCUGCAUUGUUCUGCUAAAGUAGAUUUCUGAAAUCUUGUAUUUCUCUUGCGGGAAGAGGGAAGCAGUUAUGUUUUGGGGUUUCCUGCCUCUGCUUUUAAGAGGUAUGUGGGAAGUGACAGCAUUGCAGUCUCAGGUGACUGGCUUUCUAACAACAAAACAUUUCUAUACAGUAAGAAUAUAUUUCUUGUCAAUGCUGGCUUUAAAAGCAUGUGAUAUUUCUGUUGGCUAUAAAACUAAAUUAUUGAUGUCUAAGGAUUAAAUUAUUGAAUUUCAAGUCUUGUAUUUAGAAAAUGGGUACUUAUUUUGGAAAUAUUCAAUAUCUUUGUAAUUGAUCUGGUUUCUUAGCUAAGGUUUUGUGCUGGUAUAUUUAACAAAUAGUGUUCUUUGCAUCUUUCUGAGUAGUUUUUUGUUUUCUUUUUACCUGUAGAUAGUGGUUAUAACUAAAGUGAAUCUUCAGAUUGUCAUGAAAUGCAGUUUUUGAUUGAGUAUGUUAAAUCUAGAACUGGAUUUCUAUGCUUUAGGGAAGGGUUAUUUGUAGCCAUGGCUGUUAUGAUGAAUUAUGUGAUGAGCAUAGAUCUUUUUACUAUAGGAAAUUUGCAUUGGUAUCAUUGACAGUUUUAAUUAUGAGCCAGAAAAUAUUCAAUACCCUUUUUAUUCAUUUGGAUUUUUGGCUGCUCUAUGCCUAUUUUUCAGGAUAAAUUUGAGAUGUUCUUGUAAUUUCAAGUAUACUAUAGAGGCUAAUACUUGGCAUUAAAUAUUAAAAGGGAAAUGGACUUAUACAAUAAAGAGAAUAUGCAUGUAGAAGCUUGGAUCUGUCAAGUAAGUGUAAGAAGACCAUAUCUCCUGGAAGCCAUGUAUUUCCCACCCCCUCACAGACUUCAGUGUAUCUGCUAGUCAGUGGACUCUUGGAAUCAGUGUGGGGAGCUAAGUGGGAAGGGGUUGCCAAAAGUCAUGCUUCCCCUUUCUAGUGGCAGAAAUAUCUUCUACCAGAGGAAAAGUUUAGCAAAGAGUUUCUUCUGACAAGUAAAGUAGACAAUAGGACUAAAAUACAAAGCAUACUACAGAAGAAUUUAUAAAAGCUGGUUAUAAAAGUUGCCUUGGAAUGUAUUCUUUCCUGUGACAGACUGUUUUAUGUUAUGCAUCAUUCCAAGUAGAGACAGUUUGUAUAGUACCUUGUUAUACUUCGGGUGAUAGUUUAUCACACUACUUAGUUUAAGUACAGAAUACUCUACUUAGUUUAAGUAGAGAAUACCAGGACAACUUGUUAAUUGUACGAAUAGUGCAUAAUUGCCAGUCUGAAAAGUUUAUGGGAAAGGGAAAAUGAAAAGUGCAUUUUAAUGAUAUAGGGUAAAGUAAGAAGAAAUAGAUGGAACAAGAAGUGAGUUGGCAGAAUGUUGUUCCUCUAGGAGAAAGAAACCAUAAGAAGGUCAGAGCAAAUGAUAAAGGGAAGGGAAAAGUAGAGUAAGCAGAUGGAUAAUGUCAUUCACAACUGCAUAGUAAGAAGGAAGGCACUUUCUUUGCAUUGGUGUCCUUGCUUUGAGAUAUAUGGAACAGUAGCUACCGCUAUUGAAAUGUAGGUUUUUAAAAAAAACCAAGAUAAGACCUUGUAUACGUUUAUAAACAUGUUCAAAUAAAUCUGACCAUAAUUACAUUAAAA